GGCCAGAGCCCAAACCCUAGAGAAGGCCUAAACCUCCCCGCAGCUUUUCGCCACGCACCGGAGCGCUUCCUCUUCCCCUUUCUCUUUCUUGGUCGCCGCUCUCCGCUCUCCGCUCGCCGCCGCGUAAUUUUUCUUCCCCUCUAAUCCAGUUGGUGAUGGAGUUCUGGGGCGUUGAAGUUAAACCCGGAGAGACCGUCAAGUGCGACCCCGGAGACGACAAAUAUUUGCAUCUUUCGCAGGCGUCACUAGGGGAAACUAAGAAGGACAGGGCAUCUGAGAGCGUUCCGAUCUAUGUGAAGUUCAACGAUCAAAAGCUGGUCCUGGGAACCCUGUCCACAGACAAAGUCCCUCAAAUUUCUUAUGAUUUAGUCUUUGAGAAAGAGUUCGAACUCUCUAACAGUUCCAAGAACGCCAGCGUCUACUUCCUUGGCUACAAAACUGUUCUUGGCGACGAUGAGGAGCCUUCUGAUUUCGGAGAUACUGAUUCUGAAGAUGAAGACAUUCCUCUAGGCCUGAGCUCAAAUGGGAAACCCAUGGUAAAGGAGGAAGAGGUGAAGCCUGCAGCAGCUAAGAAUAAUACUGCAAAGGCUGAUGCCUCGGCUGCAAAGACCAAGGUCAAGAUAGAGGAACCAAACAAGGCUAGUAGUAAACAGGAAGCAGAUGAUGAGGAUGACGAUGACGAGUCUGAAGAAGAUGCAUCCGAUGACGAGGAUGGCGAUGAGGACAUGCUCGAGGGAGAGGAGGAUAGCGAUGAUGAGGAUGAUAGUGAUAGCUCCGAUGAAGAAGAGGAGGAAACGACCCCUAAAAAGGCCGAAAGCAAGAAGAGACCUGCCGAGCCUGCUUCGAAGUCGGGGAAAAAAGCAAAGCUGGCGUCCCCAGCGGUGGGCCAAAAAACAGGUGGUGAUGGUAAGGUAGGUGGGCAUGUUGCGACUCCACAUCCGGCCAAACUAGUUGGAAAGACGCCUGCGAGCAAUAAGCAGCAGCAGACUCCGAAAUCUGUUGGUUCGGUCACUUGCAAGUCAUGCUCCAAGAAAUUCAACAGUGAGAAUGCUCUUCAAGCUCACACGAAAGCGAAGCAUAGCGCCGGCAAGUAAGUUGGAAGGAAUAGAACGUGAGGAAUUCUAGAAGCAAGUGGUUAUGGCUGUGGAAGUGAGAUUACUGAGUCGAAGUUGUCAUCGUUACGCGUUAUUCUUCUUUUUGGCUUUUUCGUUUUUUCCCUACUAUAAUCGUUGCUGAACUGUUGCGCACUUACUUUUAAAGACUCGUCUUAAUUAUUUAGGUCAGUGUCUAUUAGCUUCAAUUAAAGAAAAUGAUUUUGUGCCGUCAUUCUGUUAUCGAUUUUCUGUAGUA